AUGAAUACUCUGAAAGAGAUGUUGCUGGACGAACGGAAGCUAGUCACGUAUGUAUCACUUAGCAAAGAAAUGUGUAUUCAUGUGAACGAAAGCAAGUCCCUUCUGAAAGAAAUAAUUGAUUAUCUAAAGAAGAAAGACCCCGAUAUUCAACUUAACAUUAAUUACAUGAUAUCUGGAUUGUUAGAAACCAAUAAAGCUCAAACUACGGUUUGUAACGAGACAGAAUUAGACAAAUUUAAAAACAAUCUGAAAGUGUUAUUCUACCAACAUGUGUACAGUGUAAGCGUGGGAACACCGUCAGUAGAUAAUGUCUCACUUAUGGCACUUAAUAACUUAUCCGAUUUUUCACUAUGCACUGGACUUGUAAAGAGUAACUCUUGUGUUAAGAGGUCACCUGAAGAAAUAGGAGGUUUGAAAACUAACAGCCAACAAAAUGUAAUGAUUGAGCAGAAACCCAGUAGUUCUGGUACAAAAGUAGUCAAACAAGAAAAGAAAAAUGACAACAAUAAAGUAAAUGAUGUCAAGCAAGUCACUAAGAUUCAAGAAACAAAGUCGGAGCCCAUUAUUAAAAGUGAAACCAUUUCACCUAAAAAAGAGUCUUCAAGCAACAAUGUCCAGAAAUCUGACAACAAAAAGGUCAACAAAUCUCAAAAAGGUAUUGCAGGAUUUUUCAACAAAUCUAAUAGUGUCCCUGCUAAGAAAGUGGUAAAUGGCACUAAAGAAAUAGAACAAAAGAAUAGUUUAAAGCAAAUAACGCCUCUAGUGAAGGAUACAACUGAAGUCAAAGUUGAGAAAAUGGAUGUGGAUGAAGAAGUUCCUGAACAAUCUGAGAAAGUUAUAGAAGUUUCUGAACAAUCCAAGAAAGUUGUAGAAUCCAAGAAACAGGACACUGUAGCACCAGCAAAAGAGAAGAAUAAAACACUCAAUACAAUUAAAAAGAAUGCCAAAGUUGAUAAGAAAAGAAAAAGAGUUCUGCAUGUCUCUGAUAGUGAAGAUGAAGAGGAGAAAGAUGAUCCUUUCAAACCAGAGCCUGUGGCUAUGGAAGACUCUGAAGAUGAGAUUCCACCAACUCCAUUAGUUAACACAGUCAAAAUAACUUCAGGAAUAGUCAACCCCAAGAAAAAAAGAAAGAUUGUGGAUAAAACCUACACUGAUGAGGAUGGUUACAUUUUAACUAAGAAGGAGGAAAUCUAUGAAAGUUGUUCUGAAAAUGAGGAAGAAGCGAGUAUUAAAGAAAAUGUCCAACACAUAAAUAAGGUGAAGAAAGAAGUUUCACCCCCAGAAAAGAAAAAUGCUACCAAAAAUACCAAAAAGAAGAUAGCUUCACCUCAAAAAGGGAAACAAGCUACACUAAUGAGUUUCUUCAAAAAAGUACCUCAGAAAUAA